GUUCCAAACCCGGAAAUACUAAGGAUCAUUAAUGGUAAACAAAGUGUCGUGGCGAGAAUAACGUGGAAAAUAGCUAUUAUCACGGGUUUAUUUAGCGCAUAACUGUGUGGUAGCUUUGUUAACAGUUUAAGAAUUUUAUUUAUUUUGUCUCGGAGUCAUGAGCAGCUGCUCAGCCACUCAGGCUCCUGCUCGCAGCUUCGCCUCGGCCUGCAGCCCUCCACUCUCCUCCACUUCGAUGCUCAACAUGUUGGACACUGCUGCAGAGCAAAUGAUGGUCCACAGAGAUUUCCAGGCGGCUUUUGACACAUGCGAAAAAGGUCUGGUGGGCAUAGCCAGCGUGGAGCAAGAGGACAACAGAUGGGGAGAGUUUAAGGCUAGUUUCUGCAUCUUAGGGAUCCAGGCUCUGGCUGAGAUGAAUCAGUGGCGCGGCGUUUUAUCCUGGGUCCUUCAGCAGUAUGAGCACCACGAGAAAAUCCCAGCUAAAAUAAUGCAGAUGUGCAUACUUCUUUACUCCAAAGUGUGCGAGCCUGCUGUGAUGCAGGAGGCCGCCAGAGUUUGGCUACACUGGCCGUCAAACAGCGGAGCGGCCGGGUUCAGGACAGUCGCAGAGCUCUAUUUGUUGCACGUCCUCGUGCCUCUUGGAAACACGGAAGAGGCUCGGGAGCUGAUUGUAGGCGAGAUUGGUAGCGGUGCGUUCACAGAAGACCAGAGACGGAUAGCGCUGGAUUUUAUAGAAGAAAAAGAACAACAGAGUCAUGAACCGCCCCUAAAUCCUGGGAUUGAUCCAAGCUCUGAUAUCGCUGCACAUACAGCAUCACAUCAAGGUACAAUAAUCCAUAAGCUUCAAGUCAUGCUCAAGUUUUUAUACAGAAAAUUCCUGAUGACUGGCUCUGGCUCGUUCCCUCUCCGGAGACUGUUUCUGGCUGCUGUCCUCCUCUACAUGCUCAUUGUCCGAAUGGAUCCAGCUCUCCCUUCUUCGUUCAUGUGGAUUUCCAAACUUCUUCAGCUGCUCAAACAAGCGUGGAGUUCCGUGUUUGCGCCAUAUUAUCAGACACAGAGCAAAGGACUGUAAAAUAUGACAUUUAAGGUUCAACUUGAAAGAAAACUCAACGAUUAUAUCUUUAUUAAACCACGAAAGAGAGUGUUAAUUUUUUUUUGUCAAUGUGCAGUGUAAAAAAACGUGACAAGAAUUUACAGUAAAUAUGUAAAUAUAUGUUUUAUGGAGUAGAAUUAAAAGAAAGAGAGAUGGA